CUGGCUUUGCAAGGCCUCCUUGCAGGAAGGACUGUGGGUUCCUUUGCAGCGAGGCAGCCUAGGAAACUAAAUCUGGCUGCCUUCAAGCCUUCAAGGUUGUGCAACAGGUGGCAUAUUUCGUGUGUGAGGCAGGGAGGAGGAGGAUGCUUCCUGCUCUUGACCGGUGGUGCCAGAAUAAAAGGGAAUUUCCUUUUUCGUCCCCUUUCCGGGAUUCCCCCAGUAUUGUGAUGGCCAGUCUCAAACUCCCAACUUCUGGGUUGCAGAGAGAGAGAGAGAGAGAGAGAGAGAGAGAGAGAGAGAGAGAGAGAGAGAUCACUUUAAUUACAGUUCCUCUUCUGUUACACGACUGCUUCUUGAGCAUCUCAGUUGUAAAAUCUGCACCUUGCAGGUUUUCGGAAUGGGACCAUUUGACAGCCAGCUGCUCCAAGGUGACACCAUGGACCCAGGCGUCCUGGCUGGGAAGAGCUGCCUGGACCUGCUGUUCAGUGACAUCGACAUUCCGGUUCUGUAUAAGCAGGUAGUGGAAACAGAACCUGACGAUCAGGAAAACAACCCUGAUCUCUUUUACACAGUGGAAAGUAAUGAGAGUGGAGAACAAGUCUGCCUGUGUGCGGACACUGGAGAGGCCUAUGAUAAAAUAGCUUCCUUGGCAGAAUACGUGCUAAAAGACCAGCAAGAAAAACCUGAGGAAGAUCUGUUUGGAAACUUGGUUCUAGAUGAAGCAGCGGCUGAAACCCCAGGGGAGGCCGAGAAACGGGGCAGCUGCUCUGAUCCUCCAGAGCCCAAACGCAGGAAACUCGGGCAUCCACCGGCUCUCUGCGUCGUCAGCGGCAAUUGCAUCACUAUCCCUCUGAGCUGCUCCCCAGCUGACACUCUCUCGCCGCCCGACUUCCACAUGGCGUUUUCGGUGACCACCAUCAGCCCUGCCUUUGAACCUCUUGCAAGCCCCAACCUGUACUACUGCCCGCUCGGCGUGGAAGAUAUUCAGGUAGUCUUUGCCUUCGAGCCUCUCAAUCAGCGCGUGAAUAUUCUUGCUGAGCCAGAAGGUGCCGUCAUUAAUGCCUGUUCUGAUGUAGCUGUGGUUGACAAAGGACCUGGAGCCCCACCUGUUCCUUCAGAGCAAGCUCACAAACGACCAGGCCCUGUGGAUGCGUUUCGCAGGAGGCUAAAAGACCACUUCCGGGAGACAUGCCAAUUUGCGCCCAUGGAGCGAGAGUUCGCCCUGGACCGCCUUUACAUCGAACGCGACUUGGCGCUGUGCCUCGUGGAAAGCAAGAACGCCGGGAAAAAUGCCGACCUGAGGCCCUGCAACCUUAGAGAGAAAGGGAAGGUUGCGGGGAGCAGCCAGCUCUUUCAGCUGCCGUGGAAGAACAACCAGGGAACCAAAGUCAUCGUCGUCUUGGGGAAAGCCGGAAUGGGGAAAAGCCUGCUGGUCCAGAAGAUCUGCCUGGACUGGUCCAGAGGCCUUUUGCCCAAUUAUGGCUUCCUUUUCCGAUUCGAUUGCCGGAUGCUGGGCCUCCUCCCUGAAAACCGCUACAGCCUCAAGCAGCUGCUGUUUGAGCUCUCCGCUGGGCCUCAAGAUGGCGGUGACGACAUCUAUAGGCACGUCCUGCGGUACCCAGAAAAGGUCCUCCUCAUUUUUGAUGGUUUUGAAGAGCUGAAGGACCGGGAUGGCUUAACACCUGGUGUGGACAGCCUGCCCCACAAGGAGCCCUUGGAUAUUGGAGGCAUCUUGGCCAGUAUCUUCCAGAAGAAGGUUCUCGGCGGCUGCACGGUACUGCUAACCUCCCGCCCCAAGGACAAGUUGCAGCAGCAUUUAUCGAAGGUGGACGCGGCGCUCGAACUGGCAGGGUUCUCCACGCAGCAAGCCGAGUCCUACAUUGCUCAGUACUUCGAAGGAUCGCCCUGCUGUGGCGAGACGGUGGCUUUGAUCAGGAACUGCCCUUACCUAUUCAGCCAUUGCUACACUCCUGACCUGUGUCGGUUCGUUUGCGAGGCUGUGUCUGAAGUGGGGGGCAAGGAACUGCCUUCCACGCUUACCGGCCUGUUGGCCAAGUUCCUACUCCAAAAACUGAUGCGUUCCUCAACCCCCAAGCACCAGAAUAUCGCCGCUUUAGCUCAGGUGGCCUGGUCUUCCGGAGAGGACCACCGGAACGCACUCAUGAGCUACAACUUUCCGUCCACGGAAGUGAAGGAGUUUGCUCUCAGCUGCGGACUGGUGGCCCCCCUCGCAUUCCCGAAAGACUCGAGCAGCGGGAAAGAGGAAUGUGGCUAUGUGUUCCCUAGCUUUGUGGUCCAAAAUUUCCUGGUUGCGCUGCAUUUGGUGCUGGCUAAAGAGAUCAAGGACAAAACGCUCACCAAAUACCUCCGGCUGCUCUCCAAAUCCAAGAAGUUUCUCUCCUCUUGGAGCUUGGUACCUUGUUUUUUGUCCGGCUUGCUGUUUUUAGGGGGCAAGCUGAGCUCCUCUGUCCUUUUCAGAGAGGAGGGGGAGAUGGACACCAAGAGAAUGGCCACCAAGAAGCAGAGAAGCUUCUCGAAAUACGUCCGGAAACUCAUGGAGCGUAAUUUGAGUCCGGACAAGCUCCUUGAUCUCCUCCACUGUCUCCACGAAGCGGGAGAUCCUUGCCUUUUGAAGCAAAUGGCUUUAGAACUCAAGUGUGACCUCUCUUUCUUGGGGUUUGCUCUCACGCCACCCCAUGUCUACAUUCUCCACUCUGUCAUCAAACAAGCCAAAAGGAAGUUUGCUUUAGAUUUGAGAGGGAGCGCCAUUGACUCGGAAGGAUUCAGACAGCUGGUCACCCUGAAGAAUGUUGCAUCGUUCAGGGCAUCCCUCAGCGAUGCAGUCCGGCUCUGGAGGCAGUUGUGGGAAGCCGAGGAAACAGACCAACUGCAAUCUGCCGUUGAGAAGUUUAUGGUUGUUCCGUUCAAAGCCAAGACAAUGAGGGACAUUGAUGAUCUCUGUGCUCUUGUCGACAUGCAGGAGAAAAUGACCCAAAGCGAGGCAGAAUCAGCUGGUGGUAGCAUCCGCCUCCUCCCUGCCGUCGCAGAGCUUAAACAAUUAGAAUUCACAUUGGGUCGUGUCUGUGGCUUGACGGGCUUCCGAAAGCUGGUGGGGAUCCUGGGCACAUUUCCUGCCCUGCAACAUUUAGACUUGGAUUCUCCCAACGAGAACGAGAUCGGAGACGAAGGAGUGUCUAGCCUCACCAGCGUCCUUCCUCGCUUGUCCUACCUGGAAACAUUAAACCUGUCGGGGAACAAAAUAACAGACCUGGGGGCAGAGAAGUUAGCCAAAGCGCUUCCGUCAUUGCGUUCGCUGAAGACACUAAGCUUGUACAAUAAUAACAUUGGAGAUGCUGGGGCAGAACAUUUUGCCAGAGUGCUCCCAGAGACAGCUUCUUUGAGAGUGCUUGACAUCCAUUGCAACAAGAUAACUGCUGCUGGAGCUCAGCACCUGACGGACAGCUUGAGAAAAUGCCCCCACGUCCAGAGUGUGGCGCUAUGGAACCCCACUAUUCCCCAUGGACUUCUAGAUCAUCUGCGGCAGCUGGAUUCCCGAAUCAGAUUACUCUAGAUCCAGCAAAACCAGGGCCAAACAAGGUUGGGAUUUUGAAAUGCGCACAUCCUUUCGAACGGAGGAUGAGGAGCUUGACAUUUUGCAUGGAGUGCUUCAUGAAUGAAAAUGGGAAACCGACAACACCACCUACGGAGGCCUCUGGUCCUGAACGCAUGGAUUUGGGAAAUAGCUUGACACGGUUUUGAGGAGCCACAAGAGAAUGCAAAGUGCAGUUUCUCCAAAAUGAUCUUUAGCAGAUGAAUACUGUGGAGCAGUGCAAUGUCUUUUUGUAUAUACAGUGGUAACUUGGUUCUCAAACUUAAUCCAUUCUGGAAGUCCGUUCCAAAAACCAAAGCGUUCCACAACCAAGGCGUGCUUUCCCAUAGAAAGUAAUGCAAAAUGCGAUGAUUGAUGAAUGGCAGAUGAAGUUGAUAGAAUAUAUGGAGCUGUCUGAACUGACUGGGAGAAUCCGCGACAGAGGAAGAGAGAAGACUGGAAGAAAUUUAAGACAUAUCUGGAAAAGAAUUAUAAGAUAAAAAAUGGGUAGCAAGGGAGUGGAAGUACAAAGAAGCUAUAGAAGCAUUAGUUUAAAGAAGUAAGGAGAAAGACAUGUGUUUUUUAAGUAUAUAAGAUUUAAUGUAUAAGAGUAAAGAAUUAUGAGAAGAAUGGAGUUGAUAAUAAUUAUAUGAUGUUUGGUAUUAGAAAAAGUGAAGAAUGUUGAAAAUGAGAGCGCUGAUAUAGUUAUUACUAGAAACGUGGAGGGAGGGAAGGAGGAAGUCACUGAUACAAGAAUUAUAUUAGUAAAGGAUGUAAGAAGUUUUUUGUAUUUUUAUGUUUCUGAUGUAUUUUUAUUUGUAUCUUUCUUUUCUUUUUAGUGUGUUCUUUGUUUGUAUUUUAUUCUGUAUUCUUUUUUUGAAAAACCAAUAAAAAUGAUUUUAAAAAAAAUUAAAAAAAGAAAGUAAUGCAAAAUGGAUUAAUCCGUUCCAGACUUUUAAAAAUAGCAAUUUAACAUGAAUUUCACUAUCUAACAAGACCAUUGAUCCAUAAAAUGAAAGCAAUAAACAAUGUACUGCAGUCACACAAUCAAUCAAUCAAUCAAUCAAUCAGUAGCUGAACUGGGUUCCACACAGUCACCAAAAACAAACAAAAAAGAGCUACAAAAACGGUAAAUAAAUAGCAAAAACAGACAGCCCUCAAUGUAACAUUCAAAAUGGAAGUGUGGCACUCAAAACAGAAGCAUAACACUCAAACUGGGAGCAUAACACUCAAAACAGAGCAUGUUCAGCUUCCAAAAAAAGUUCGCAAACCUGAACACUUACUUCCGGGUUUGCAGUGUUUGGGUUCCAAGUUGUUUGAGUAUCAAGGCGUUGAGAACCAAGGUACCACUGUACACACAUUUCUUAUUGGACCAUUGUAGAUUUCCCAUGCCCCCUCCCCGUCUCUCUCUAUGAGUCAUUUCAACACGGUUUUACGGUGUGUACAACCUUCAGUAAAUAUUCUAUUCUAAAUAUACUAUUCUCAAUAGUAAUACAGAAUUGUAUUGGAAAUAAAUGCACGAGUGAUUAUAAGAGUGGAAAAGGAAGUCGGAAGAGUGCGGAGGGAAGUGUAGGGGGGAGGAGGAGUGAAAGGGCGGGUAAAGGGGAAU